UCCAGGCAGCUGACCAGCUCCGCUGUCUCCUCUAUCUUGUCUUUCUCUCUCUUUCUGAGCCAAAGGAGUGUGUGUGCGCUCAAGUGUGUGUGGAAAUAAAAACACACCCUGCUACCACUGGUGCUACUGAGCCUUUCUGACACUGGGCUCUUUUUUGGGGGAUUGAAAUCAUCUAUCCAACAUAUUGGAUUUAUCCUGCGGAGUGACUUUUUUUUCUUUGAGGAUAUUAAUUUUUGAUUUUCCCUUUUUGAUUAACUGCUUUGGCUGGAAGUUUAGCAUGUGAGGAGGAGUGGGCGUCUGCACGUCAAGCACGGGUUUCGUGAAACGAGAGCCAGAGAGGCGGAGUGCUAUUGCAGCACAGAAGAUUCUGCUUCUGAGCCACUAGGCUGGAUACUUUAUUCAUGUUCGGGCCAGGAGCAAGGCUACAGGAUCCCAGGCUGUCUUUAGGGCAGGACUUCAGAACCGAACCACCCUGGAUUUGAGCCCACAGUACUGCAGGCAGACAGGGCUCAGUCCGAUUUAUGGCCUUAACGCCAUGAACAGUCUGCUUCGGGAGAUACAGGAGCAGUUAACUUCUGAUAGAGGACUCUGCGUUACGAACAAAAGGGUCUAAUUAGGGAGUGCAACUUACAUGGCGACAAAAUAAAGGGAUUCUGCACACAGUAGGCAUCUUGCUUUUUUCUUUCCAUUCUUUUUUGUUUUAGUCCUUUUUUGUAGUUAAAUAUUGCACUGAAUCGCAUGCCUGCACAGGAGAUGGCUGCCUAAGGUCUGUCUGAAAGCGGAGGGGCUUUCUUUACAGGUUUAUCUACCAUGGCAAAGCCUUUGAUUGCAUGAACUGUGGACACUGCAAUACAAGACAGGAGGUCAGCGGUACAAACAAGGAUCAGUUCGACAAAUACCAGCUUGGUAAGGAUAUAACCAAAGAGAGCCCUUUGACAAGACAGACAAACAUCUUCUGAAAGAACCGAAAGGGGAGAUUAAAGCCUCAUUGGAUUUUGGGCGGCAUCAAAGGAUUAACCGUCAUUUCUAAAUCAGGCAACAACCAGAAAGAGGACAUUAGCAAUGGCAUGCAAAUACAAGUCCAUCUUUGCCCUUUUUAUCAGAGUCGGGCUUCUGCUCGGCCUGGCCAAUCCAUUGCUGACUUCAGCUUCCUGUCCCUCGCAGUGCCGGUGCGAUGGUACUUUCAUCUACUGCAAUGACCGGGAUUUGACUUCCAUCCCCUCGGGCAUCCCAGAGAACGCUACAGUACUUUUCCUCCAGAAUAACCGCAUCAAAAGUGCAGGUAUCCCAAUGGAUCUGCGUCGACUAAACAGAGUCGAAAAGAUCUACCUGUACUGCAACAACCUGGAUGAGUUUCCCUCCAACCUGCCACUGAAUGUCAAGGAACUUCAUUUGCAGGAGAAUAAUAUCCGGAUGAUCACCCAUGCCUUCCUGGCACAGAUUCCCUUUAUUGAGGAAUUACACCUUGAUGACAAUUCAGUGUCAGCGGUCAGCAUCGAAGAGGGUGCUUUCCGAGACAGCAACCAUUUGAGACUGCUCUUCCUGUCACGGAACCACCUCAGCACGAUACCGCCUGGUCUACCAAUGACUAUAGAGGAGCUUCGCUUUGACGACAACCGUAUCUCAUCUAUCUCUGAAUCAUCCCUGCAGGAUCUUAUAAACCUGAAACGUCUAGUUUUGGAUGGUAACCUACUGAACAACAGGGGCAUUGGGGAGAUGGCCUUAGUGAAUUUAGUCAACCUGACCGAGCUUUCAUUGGUACGGAACUCCCUUACGUCCCCACCUGCCAACCUGCCGGGAAUGAGCCUAGAGAAGCUAAAUCUUCAAGACAACCACAUCAAUCACGUGCCAGCAGGUGCCUUUGCUUUUCUGCGACAACUGUACCGCUUGGAUUUGUCAGGCAACAACUUGAGCAGCCUGCCUAUGGGGGUAUUCGAUGACCUGGAUAACCUUACCCAAUUGCUGUUGCGCAACAACCCAUGGUACUGUAACUGCAGGAUGAAGUGGGUACGAGACUGGCUGCGAAGUCUUCCAUCUAAAGUCAAUGUGCGUGGCUUCAUGUGCCAGGGCCCCGACAAGGUCAAAGGGAUGGCUAUCAAGGAUCUAUCAACAGAACUGUUUGGCUGCUCUGAAACAGAGGUUUCACCUACAUAUGAGACCAGCACAGUUUCUAACACUCUACCACCUUCUCGACCCCAGUGGCCCUCUUAUGUGACAAAAAGACCUGUGGUUAAGGGGCCAGAGCUGGGUAGAAACUAUCGUAGCACUACACCAUCCAGUCGAAAGAUCAUUACGAUAAGUGUCAAAUCCAGUAGCGCUGAGACAGUGCACAUUUCUUGGAGAGUAUCUCAGCCCAUGACUGCCCUGAGGCUCAGUUGGCUAAAGCUUGGCCACAGUCCUGCUUUUGGAUCCAUAACAGAGACCAUUGUGCAAGGGGAAAGAACAGAGUACCUGCUUACAGCUCUGGAGCCUGAAUCCUCAUAUCGGAUAUGCAUGGUUCCCAUGGAGACAAGCAACAUUUACCUGUCAGAUGAGACACCUGUUUGCAUAGAAACUGAGACUGGCUCUCUCAAAGCAUACAAUCCCACCACAACCUUGAACAGAGAGCAGGAGAAAGAGCCUUACAAAAAUUCCAAUCUGCCUUUAGCUGCUAUUAUCGGAGGGGCUGUGGCCCUUUUGGCCAUCAUCAUGUUGGCCCUGAUGUGCUGGUAUGUCCAUAGAAAUGGUUCCUUAUUUUCCAGGAACUGCACAUACAACAAAGGUCGAAGGAGGAAGGAUGAUUAUGCCGAAGCUGGGACAAAGAAGGACAACUCCAUUUUGGAGAUUAGAGAGACCUCUUUUCAAAUGAUACCCAUAAAUCACAUGCCGGUGUCUAAGGAGGAGUUUGUGAUACACACAAUUUUUCCUCCCAAUGGCUUAAGCCUUUACAAGAGUCCACACAGUGACAACAGCAUCAACAACAGAAGCUACAGAGACAGUGGAAUACCAGAUUCUGAUUACUCUCAUUCAUGAUAGUGUGCACAGAUUACAUAGACAUUGUAUUGUGAAUGAGUGACUCCAAGACUGCUUGGUCUUUCGCAAAACACUGGAUUGAAAAGACUGAGAAAGCAUCGUAAUGUACAUUUGCUAUAUAAUUUAUAUUUAAGGACAAUUUAUUAAAAGGAGAAAAUGUUCCAUUUGCAGGCCAUCACUGAGCCAUCAGUGUGUGCUGCCACAAACUGCAAUUCUAUAUUUUAGAAAUUUGUAGUAAUUUGUACUGUACUUCCUUUACUUAUGGUUUAGAUCAAUUAAAAAAUCUUUGUGCUCUACUGAAAUAUGAUGACUUGUCAACUGUGAAAGUGGGUUUUCAUUGCUGUGUUGAACAAUCAGAUAUUAGAAAACCAUGUAGUAUAAGCACAGGUCAAAUUAUGUUGCUGUCAAGCUAUGUUGCUGUCAGUGGAAUAAAAAUACUACAAAAAAGACUGCAGGAAUAUAGGGCAUAGUUGAUCAAAAGAAUUAAAGACUAAAGUGUUUAAUUCUGAGGAGGGCUGGCAUACACUUAUUGUGGUAUCACAGAAACCUUGGGGUUUCGUUACGAAUCCCUGUUGCCCGUUUCAGAAUGUUGUCAGGCUUUACGUCUCUGCAGUUUUUAGGAAGCAGAUAUCCAUUAUUUCCUCUCUGGCCUGGAGAGGCAGCAACACAGCACAGAAUCCUAAAUCCUGUGCCUCAGCCAGACUGUUCUGCCCCAGCAUACAGCAAACGAAGCACACGGAUCAAAGGAAAGGUUAUUUUUCAGUCAAAUCAAAGUGGACGGGCUAAAACACAAGAAAAAUCUUGAUAUUGUCCAUUCAAGUGAGCAAGGGGAAAUUACAUUUACCGUAUCCCUCAGUAAAGUUAACCACACGUCAUUCUAAACAUUGCUCUCCAAAAUAAACAUAUUCUGGGCAGAAAUAAAUAUGGCAAGGAAUACAUUUGGGCUCUUUUCUAUUUGAAAUAUAAAGUGUCAACUAUUUUUUUGUUCAUAUGAUUCUUAUUUGUAUUUUUUUUUUUUUUUCUAGUUCAAGCCACUUUUAAGUUGCCACAGUUGAAAGUUAAUUGUUCUUUACAACUGAAGACCAAAGUGCAUUGUAUGCCCUUUGGCCAGUCUUGUAUGUGCCUUGAUCCAAUGCUUAUUGUAUUUAGCUUUUUCAAAAAAAUAAAUCAGUGACAACUUUUUUCAUACACACUUGAAUAUGAAAGGAUACUGGUCAUAUUGCAAAAUAAAAGUGGAUAAAACCCAACUCGGUGGUCUCCUUUCCCCAACAGAAUGCUUUCCGUUUAUUUUUAAUCACUCAAAGCUUUGCAUGGACUAUUCUCACAAUCUUCAUCUGAAGCAUGCAGAGGCUUCUUCAUAGUGCAGCAUCCGCUUGGGGCUGCAAGUGCUCUUUUGUGUGGUUAAGCCGUGUAUGACUUAUCUGAUUGGCCCAAGUGGGAAAUAUCAGCGAGAACGGCACAGAAGCUAAAUGAGGCCGUUGGAGAGUUGCUAUGCUGGAUUUGAUGUAUCCCGCAGCCACAGGAGGAGAUGUACAUAUCUAAUGGCUAUAUAGCAUAAGGACGAUGGCACUGGCUCUGCUGGGGCAGCCCACUUUCACAAUGACUUGGGUAGAAAUAACACAGGUGGAUGUAGGCACCGAGCACGCCGCCAAAGUCCCUUUAAGACAGGUACAACUCCUAUUUACUUGAAUGGGGAAAGACAGAAUUCUUCACUGUUUGUUAAGAUAACGUUAAAAUAACAUGAUCAACGAUAAAAUCUGACAACAAUGGUUACAAAUAACUGAUUCUAUAAAAAUUCUAUCAAAAAGGGGAUUGGCCUUUUUUUUAACUGUAAGGCUGGAGAUGUAUGUGGCUCAACAUGUAUGUGGGCUAUGAGAGAGAAAACAUGCUGGGGCACAGAUGCUCACACGUAGAUGCACACCCCAAGCUUUAAUUACAGUUCACGGUGCCUUUAAAAGCAACAAGUCAGAUCCAAACCUUAAGUAUACUUCAACCUACCCAUAUUCUAAAUAUAUCACAUCAGCUUGAAAUUAAAGUAAACACCCUCUGUGAGCGGCUGGUUCAGCAUGGGUUUACAUAUAUGAAUGUUGUUGAUGUUCCACAACUUGCCCUGUCAUUUGUUUAUGUGGUUUCCUGACUGAUAUUAGCAUGUUUUAAAUGCUGAGUGAUGGGCUUGCCGAGUUUUAUUUGUCACUUCCUUGUUAAUCUGCCUUUUUUUUCUUCUUAUAUAUAUAUAUAUAUAUAUAUAAAAUGAAUAAUUUAACAAUGUAUAUAAAAUUAGCAUUUGUCUCAUGGUUUCUUUUAUACUUUUGAUUGUACAUUUGAAAAGAAUGUAAAAUGCAGACAAAGAAAGUUAAUUGCUUUGGUAUGAAAACUUGACAUUUAAACUUUAAUUCAGAACCAUUUUUAUUGCAGAAUGUCCAAACCAAUGUGUUUAAUCUACUCAUAAAUUACAUUAUUAUUACUCCAG